AUGGUGACAACCAUGAUGAAGAUUCUUGUUCUGGCCGUACUGCUAGAAGCCACUUCUGCAUUCGUCCCAAUCAAUCCAGAAACUCUCACCGGACAAGCUCUCGUUAACUAUGUCAAUUCUGCCCAAUCCAUGUUCACCGCUGAAUAUUCCAACAAAAAAUUUACAGUUUUUAACGUUUAA